AUGACUUUAGGCGUAAUUUACGAUCAAGAACAAAUCAGUAUCAUCGACUUGGUUCAAGGAGUUUUUCGCCAAAUCGAAGCUGAAAUUGGACAAGGCUUAAAAUUAACUGAAAAAUUCGUAAUUAACAAAAAAUCUGAUACUGAAGACAUUUUUUGUCAAAUCACCGAAACCGGAGUCUCAGCAAUUCUCGAUCUCACGCAUUCCGGAUUCAAAAAGCAUCUUGCGACAAUUUCUACUCCGAUUCCGUAUUUUCAUGUCGAUGUAACAAUUCAAACGUUGGCUGAGCCCAUUGAUAUGUAUGUAAAAUCUCGCAGCGGAUAUGACACAAUUUAUAUAGUUCAAAAUGAAGAGGAGCUCGAUGGAAUGCUUUAUCACAUGAUUCACAAGUCAAAAUUAAGAGUUUUGGUUAUCGAUGGUCUUGAUGACUCGAAAUUGCGACGCGUUUCGAAAGUUCGUCCUGUUCCGUCGCAUUAUUCGUUGAUCGCGAGUACAAAAAAUUUGAUUAAUUGGUUCGAGAUGAUAAAAGACGCAAAACUCUUCAAAAUCCCCAAUAAAUGGCAUUUCCUCUUCACUGACUUCGAAUACGACAAAUUCAAGUAUCACGAAGCAUAUCCUGAAAUUUCCCGCUUGAUGAUCGAUAAAAGUGUCUGUUGCAAGCAUUUAAAUGUCUCAUCAGGACGUUGUGAUUGCCCUAAUGGCUUCAGCUUAUCGGAAUCGCAUUUGAAGAAUUUCGUAAAAUCAAUAAUUCCGGUGCUGCAAAAAAAUAAUCACAUCGACGUAAAAUAUGAUUGCGCGCAAUUAUCAUUGAAUAAUUCAUCGGAAGCCACGACAAGUGCAGUAAUUUCAUCGAUUUACGAAACUGUCAUUUCAGGUAAUCCGUUGCUGUUUGUGGAUGCCGUGAAUGGCAUGACGCUGCGAUUUUCGUAUGACAUGCAAGUGUUCAGUGGAUGGGAGCAAAUGGAGCACAUGAAGGUAGCGACGAUCUCGAAUGCGGUGUUGCGAGUUGAUACAAAGACGGGAAUUAAGCCGACGAAGAGAUAUUUUCGGGUUGGGAUUGUUGAAGCGGCGCCAUGGUCUUAUAUGGUUCGAGAUAGGAAGGGAAAACUCGUCUUGGAUGACGAAGGGCAGCCAGUUUGGGAUGGAUAUUGCAUCGAAUUUGCACGAAAAUUGGCUGAAAGGAUGGAUUAUGACUUUGAAUGGGUUGUGCCGAAAACAGGAAAAUUUGGGAAAAAGUUUGCCGAUGGUCAAUGGGAUGGUUUGAUUGGCGAUUUGUAUUAUGGGGAAACUGACGUCGUUGUCGCUCCUCUCAAAAUGACAGCUCAACGAGAAGAAGUAAUCGACUUUGUAACUCCUUUUUAUGAACAAACCGGCAUCCUUAUAAUGAUGAGAAAUCCCGUUGUCGAAACAAGUCUUUUCAAAUUCAUGACAGUUUUGAGGUUAGAAGUAUGGUUAAGUAUCAUCGCAGCUUUGGUAGCAACGUCAAUUAUGUUAUGGCUUCUCGACACUUAUUCUCCGUACAGUUCAAGGAAUAACAAAAAAGCUUAUCCUUUUCCAUGUCGUGAAUUCACAUUGAAAGAAAGUUUCUGGUUCACAUUAACAAGUUUCACGCCUCAAGGCGGCGGCGAAGCCCCAAAAUCUCUCUCAGCACGUACCUUAGUCGCCGUUUAUUGGUUAUUUGUUGUCUUGAUGUUGGCUACUUUCACCGCAAAUCUUGCUGCUUUUCUCACUGUCGAACGAAUGAAGACUCCCGUUCAGUCCCUGGAUCAAUUGGCGCGACAAUCUCGAAUUAAUUAUACCGUCGUUGAAGGUUCCGACAUCCAUCAGUUCUUUAUUAACAUGAAAUUCGCCGAAGACACGCUUUACCGCAUGUGGAAAGAAAUAACUUUGAACAGCAGCAGCGACGAUUUGCAAUAUCGCGUUUGGGAAUAUCCGAUCAAGGAGCAAUAUGGCAACAUUUUACUCGCAAUUAACGAUUCCAUGCCCGUCAAAGAUGCCGAAGAGGGAUAUCGGAAGGUGAAUGAGGCAGUAAAUGCUGAUUUUGCGUUCAUUCACGACGCAGCCGAAAUUAAAUAUCAAAUCGCGAGAAAUUGUAAUUUUACGCAAGUUGGGGAAAUUUUCGCGGAACAACCGUACGCGUUGGCAAUUCAACAAGGAAGUCAUUUGCACGACGAAUUUAGCAAAAGUAUCAUCGAAUUACAGCACGAGAGAUUUUUUGAACUUCUGACGGCGAAAUAUUGGAACAACUCCUUGAAAGGUUAUUGCCCGAAUUCCGACGAAAGUGAAGGCAUCACGUUGGAAAGUUUGGGCGGCGUUUUUAUCGCGACACUUUUCGGACUUGGUUUAGCCAUGAUAACGCUCGUUGGCGAGGUAAUUUAUCACAAACGUCGGGCGCAGAAGAGACCUCCUGUGUUGCAAGUGAAGCCCAUGGAUGAUGACGCGAUUGUUGGAUUGUCGACGCCCCCGACGAUAAGUGCGAAAAUUCAUCCGUCGCCGCCAACUUAUGCGGAAACGGUGAAACGCGAUACGGCAAAGGGCAAAGGAAAGAAGGGAAAAGUGACGUUGGGAGGCGAUACUUUUAUGCCAGCUAAUCGGAAACAAACGAAUUUGAAUACGCUGUUCAGAGCGGGCGGGAAUGUUGAUAUGUUGGAGUAA